CUCCCUACACCUUCUGACAUGACGGAUGAUGAUAGUAUGAUGUCUGGACACUGGAAUGCUUCAGAUAACUACCAGCUGAACCCAGCUAGCAUCAUCGUGCCCAUUGUGUUCUCCUUCAUCUUCCUACUCGGGACAGUAGGCAACAGCCUGGUGCUCGCUGUGUUGUUCAGAAAUGGCCAAAUGGGACAUAACACAACCAACUUAUUCAUCCUCAACCUGAGCGUGGCCGAUUUUUUCUUCAUCAUAUUUUGCGUGCCGUUUCAAGCCACGAUCUACACCCUGGAAGGUUGGGUUUUCGGGUCAUUCAUGUGCAAGGCCGUCCAUUUCUUCAUUUACCUGGCGAUGUAUGCUAGCAGCUUCACAUUGGCCGCUGUUUCAGUCGACAGGUACCUGGCAAUUCGAUAUCCUCUCCGAUCUAGGGAGCUCCGCACUCCCUGCAAUGCUGUUACUGUCAUGGCGGUCAUCUGGGGACUUUCCAUUGUCUUUGCUGGGCCCUACCUGAGCUACUAUGACCUUAUCCCCUACGAGUGGUUCUAUAUCUGCAUGCCUGCAUGGGAGGAGCCCAAGAGAAAAAUCAUGGACACCACCACUUUCAUAUUUGGAUAUAUAGUCCCAGUGGCGGUUAUAAGCCUGAGUUAUGCCAGGACAAUCAAGUAUCUCUGGACGGCGGUGGACCCAAUAGAAGACAUAUCUGAAUCCAGAAAAUCCAAGAGAAAGGUGACCAAGAUGAUUAUCAUCGUGACUGUGUUGUUCUGCCUCUGCUGGCUCCCUCACCACGUGCUCAUCCUGUGCUUCCACUACGGCCACUUCCCCUUCAAUCAGGCCACCUAUGCCCUCAGACUCCUGUCCCACUGCAUGGCCUACACCAACUCCUGUCUCAACCCCAUCGUUUACGCCCUGGUCUCCAAACACUUCCGCAAAGGCUUCAAGAAGGUCUUCAGCUGCCUGCUGAGCAAGAAGGCAAUGAACAAGGUCCACGUGGUCCACAUCGUAAACAUGGUGACUGGCUCCACAGAAGUCACCCACCUGAAUGAGGAAGAGGGGAGGCAGCGGGGCUGUGAGCUUACCACCAGGCAGGCCUCGAAACAGCCAGCUUCAGCAAUGAUGAUCACAGUGCCAUACCAGGAGACAUCCUGAAUACUGCCCCAAAAGAACUCAUUCACUUCUCGUCAGCUUUCUGGUUUCUGUGUCCUCUCCUUAGAUUACUUAGUCUCUGUGUUAGUUAUCGAUGUGUAGGUGAGAGUAGGCUUCUAUCUAAAAGGACAACAAAACAAUGCACUGUGAACUAACUUUACUGAGAUGUCAGCUAUAACAGUCACUGCCGAAAAUGGAAUAACGGAAACGUCCCAAGCACCUUAUAACUUUUAAUGAGUUCGAAAUUGGGUCGAGGUUAGAGAGAAGCUGAUGGAAGCUUCUCAAAGAUGAAAGAAGACCUUACAAAGUUCAAUUCCUUCCUUAAUCCUGACACUGACCAUGACCUCCAACCCUAACUCUGACCCUAAUGCCCACUCUAACCAUAAUCCUAAUACUUGCCCUAAUUGUAACUCUAACUCUAAACCUAACCCUAACCUUUAAUCUAACCCUAACUCUAACCCUUACCUUAAC